UGGAAGCCAUUCCUGGGAUCUGGAUGGUUUCUACUGACGCAGACUUUGCAUAGCAGCUCCAUCACCUCAGGAGGUUGCAAUGAGUGGAGGAGGGGAUCAGCCUGACAUCCUCAGUGUGGGAAUAUUGGUCAAAGAAAGAUGGAAGGUGUUGAGGAAAAUAGGUGGUGGAGGAUUUGGAGAAAUUUACGAUGCACUGGACUUGCUUACUCGGGAAAACGUUGCACUGAAGGUCGAAUCAGCUCAGCAGCCCAAGCAAGUGCUGAAAAUGGAAGUAGCUGUGUUGAAGAAGCUGCAAGGAAAAGAUCAUGUCUGUAGAUUCAUAGGAUGUGGACGGAAUGACAGAUUUAAUUAUGUGGUCAUGCAGUUGCAGGGUCGGAACUUGGCAGACCUGCGUCGUAGCCAAUCUCGAGGAACAUUCACCAUUAGCACCACUCUGCGGCUUGGGAAGCAGAUUUUGGAAUCUAUUGAAAGUAUUCAUUCUGUGGGAUUCCUGCACAGGGACAUAAAACCAUCAAACUUCGCAAUGGGACGUUUUCCAAGCACCUGUAGGAAGUGUUUUAUGCUGGAUUUUGGCUUAGCUCGGCAAUUUACCAACUCAUGUGGGGAUGUCAGACCACCACGAGCUGUUGCUGGUUUUCGAGGAACGGUACGAUACGCAUCAAUCAACGCUCACAGAAACAGAGAAAUGGGUCGGCAUGAUGACCUCUGGUCUCUCUUCUACAUGUUGGUGGAAUUUGUGGUUGGGCAACUGCCUUGGAGAAAAAUAAAAGAUAAGGAGCAAGUGGGCUCCAUUAAAGAAAGGUAUGAACACAGACUUAUGUUGAAACAUCUUCCUCAAGAAUUCAACGUCUUUCUGGAUCACAUUUCUAAUUUGGAUUACUUUACAAAGCCUGAUUACCAGCUUCUCAUGUCUGUGUUUGACAACAGCAUGAAAACAUUUGGGGUUAUUGAAAGCGACCCUUUUGACUGGGAGAAGAGUGGAACUGAUGGCUCUCUGACAACAACAACAACUUCAACCACCCCUCAGUUGCACACUCGUCUUACGCCAGCUGCAAUUGGAAUUGCCAAUGCCACUCCUAUCCCAGGAGAUUUGCUGCGGGAAAAUACAGAUGAAGUAUUCCCUGAUGAACAGCUCAGUGAUGGAGAGAAUGUUAUUCCCGUUGGGGUAUCACCUGAGAAACUACCUGGAUCCCCUGGACAUCAGCGUCCUCAGGAAAAAGAUGUUUGGGAAGAAAUGGAUGCAAACAGAAACAAAAUAAAACUGGGGAUCUGUAAGGCUGCCACAGAGGAAGAAAACAGCCACGGACCAGGGAAUGGAAUGCUUAAUGCCCCGAGUCUUGGUUCUCCAAUCCGAGUUCGCUCAGAGACCACCCAGUUAGACAGAGAUGUUCCACUGGUGCGAAAGUUACGUUCCAUUCACAGCUUUGAACUGGAGAAGCGUAUGACGUUGGAGUCUAAGCCCGACACUGAUAAGUUUCUUGAGACCUGUUUGGAGAAGAAGCAGAAAGACUUGAAAGUGGCAGAGACUCCUGUUGCUGCUGUUCCUCCUCUUUCUCAGAAAACAUCUGUUCCUGCUCCUGUGACUGCCCGCACGGACCAUGUUUGGCACUAUGAUGAAGAGUAUCUUCCAGAUGCUUCAAAGCCUGUGUCAGCUAAUUCUCCUGACCACGCUGAUGGUGUUUUGAGCAAUGGAUUUGUAGCUGUUAACCUAAGCUCCUGCAGGCAGGAGGUUGAUUCUAAGGAAUGGGUGAUAAUAGAUAAGGAACGGGACUUGAAGGACUUCAGGACAAAUGAGGCUUUAGGGCACAAAAUGACCGGAAGUCCCUCAGAUGAAGAGCCAGAGGUACUACAAGUUCUAGAGGAAUCCCUUCCAGAAGAACAGUCCAGAGAGGGUGGUUGGGCCGGAAACAAUGUCCUUGCUAAGAACCAAACUUCAGGGGUGGAGUUUGUUCUAGACAUGGAAUGUCAUCCUGCUGCAUCUGAACAGCUUACAGAUAAAUUGGAACUUCUGUCUGGAGCUGCAGGACAGCUUCUUGCGGCCACCCCUACAAGUCCUAUGGAAGCUCAAGCAGAAGGAGCACUCACUCCGCUCAACUCAUGUCAUAUGCUGCAUUUCUCCACUCCGAGAAUUUCAAGUCCCAUCCUCCGCACCAUGAGCCCUAUAGCCUAUCUAUCCAUCCACUUGGACCCUCUGAGGGAGGCUGCUUUACCAAGGAGUCAGUCAGCUGAGAGCCACUCCUCUUCCUCCUGCUCAACUGGUCGUAGGCAGCUUCCUGUCAUUCCCUGUGGCAACAAGUUCCCCCCUGUCAUUCGCAUCUCAAAAGCACAACCUGAGCAGAUAACAAUACCCAGACCUUCAGUGGCAUCCACACAAUCUGCUUCAGAGAGCUUUCACUAUGGCCAUCAACUAGAGAGAAGAGAGCAGGACGGUCAGUCUGUGGAACACACUGUGGAACUUUCCUCUCCAAAGGAAGGUUUGCCAGGUUUGGUUGGGACAGAGGAUGCACUUCCAGCUAGUGCCAGCAGAACAGAUUUGAUGCUUAAUAUUAACCAAGAGGUGCUUGGCAGGGAAGGACUUGUAAAAGAAUCUGUUGAUGUCCUGGACUGUGACCAAAAGGAUCUAUCUGAACACAAUGGGAUACAGGAAGAGGAAGAACUUGGAAAGAUUCCUGUGGAGGAGGCUGAGGAAGAAGGCCUCCCAGUGGUUUCUGAGGAUGCCGUUGAAAUGCUAAGCAAAGAACAAAAUUCUUUGCCAGGAAACUCAAAAUCUGCAGAGGAGGAACCUCUAACAAGUACUGAGGCAGCUCAAGAAUCAAAGUCAAAGCCUGUCUGUUUGGUGCCAAAUCAAGAUGAGGUUCUGAAGUCAAUAGCACCAAAAACAUCAGAAUUGUCUCCCUCAAGACUUAAUAACGCACAUGUCAAUAGACAGGCAAGCAAAAUAGCAACCGUUCAGGAAAAUGGUUUUCAUUCUGAUAAGGAAGAAGUCCAUAGCCAAGACUUGAAAUGCCACCAAGUGGCCCUUACUACUUUUUUGCAGCAGGAAAAUAAAAAAGAGAAAAAUGCUCCCAGAAAUGGAGAGUUAUUCCACUGCAUUUCAGAAAAUGAGAAUUCUUAUCGAUCUAAGAAGGACUCGGUUAAAACUUCUUUUGUAUUCAGGCAGAGUCGAAUCCCAGUUUUAGCACAAGAAAUAGACUCAAUGUCAGAUUCCUCUUCUGUUUCUGCGAAGGAAAAGCUUCUUCUAAAAAAGGCCCAUCAGACAGACUUGGUCAAAUUACUUAUGGAAAAGAGACAGCUCAAAUCUUUCCUUGGUGACCUCUCAAGUGCCUCUGAUAAGUCACUGGAGGAAAAAACGGCUGCUGCUCCAGUACCAUUUUCUGAGGAUGAUGUCUUAGCUUCAUUUUCUAGAUUGACACUGGACUCUCAUUUCAGUAAGCAGAAUGAAGAUAGCUCUUUGUCUCCAAGCAGCCCUCAGUCCAGAAAAAGCAAGAUUCCAAGGCCGGUGUCUUGGGCAACCACUGAUCAAGUCACCAGUUCAAGUUCAGCUCAGUUCUUUCCUCGGCCACCACCAGGAAAACCGCCUACUAGACCUGGGGUUGAAGCUAGGUUGCGCAGAUACAGAGUCCUAGGCAGUAGCAGCUCGGACUCAGAUCUUAUCUCUCGUCUGGCUCAAAUCCUACAGAAUGGAUCUCAAAGACCAAGGAGUUCUACCCAGUGUAAGAGUCCGGGAUCUCCACAUAGUCCAAAAACACCACCCAAGAGCCCCGUCAUCCCCCGCCGCAGUCCCAGUGCCUCUCCUAGGAGCUCUUCUUUACCCCGUACUGCCAGUUCUUCUCCAUCCCGGGCUGGGAGAUCCCAUCAUGAUCAGAGGAGUUCUUCCCCACAUUUUGGGAGGAGUAAAUCACCUCCUAGCCAUUCAGGCUCCUCAUCUUCUAGGAGGUCCUGCCAACAAGAGCACUGCUGCAACAAAACAAGCAAGAAUGGUCUGAAAGGAUCGGGCAGUUCUUUCCACCAUUCCCCAAACACUAAGACUUCCACAGGAAAGAGCAAAUCAACUACUAAGCUUAGCAGAUAGGAAUUGGGCCUUGACAGGUAUAAAGUCUCCUCCUAAAUCUGAUGCAUGUUGUGUCUGUGUACUGUGUAUUUAAAAAAAAUAAUCAAAAAAGUAUAUUAAAAAAAGGUGUUGAAUCUGCACAUUUUAAAGAAAGUAGCCAUUGUAAACUAUUCAUGAGAAAGCAUUCUGUGUAAAUAAGUGGCCAGGCUUUGCCUUAGAGCAGGCAGCAAGCAGAUCCAAAAGAUGGGAAGUAGAGGCCAGGAUAAAAAUGACUGGGUAGUCAAAGAGGUGCAAUGUAUUUAGAGUGAGAAAGUAUCUUGAAGGUGAGUGUUUUAAAACUAUAUUAAUCUUGAUGUGUUUAGUUUCCCUAGUUAGAAGAUUUGGCCUAAUUAUUUAAGGCUUUACAUACUCAAGGAGUAUGUAAGAAACAGUUAUUCCCAAAAUGACGUCACCACUUGGGAGAUAAGUGCUGCUCAAGCAUUUAUUUGCAGUUUUAAAAAAGCACACAGUUUAGAAGAUGUUAUUUUUACCUUAUAAAUUUCUUUGAUUUUGAGCUGCACUCACCUCUGAGUCACUGAGUGCCCAUUUUGUCCUCUAUAAUGGCACAGAUUUUUUACCUAAGUAUCAUAUACCUUACCCCUUUUUGAUACUGAUGAAAUUAAAGAAAUGAACAAUUGACAAGAUGUUUUUGUACCAAAACUAUUUAGAAAUUUGUUCAGCAGUAAUUAGGAUCCAAGAAGCUGAUUCUCAGUUCUAUAUCAUACAGUGUAUUGGGAGUCAUAGUGGGGUUCUUCAAACCACAUUUGGUAGGAUUAGGAAAAGCAUUCCUUCCUAGGAAAUGAGAGAAAGGAGUAGAUGUAUGCACUUCACUGGAUGUUGCAGAUUUACAGUAAAAUGCAGUGUAAGUUAGAAAAUAAGAACCUUCCUUUACCCCCUUAAUUCAACUGAAAAAAGAACCUUUGUUGUUGCUGACUUUUGUUUUUCCAUUAGUUAUGGAUCACUUGAACCCCAGAACUUACAAUGCAGAGAUGAUUACCAAUCAAGAUUUGGUUUUUUGGUCAUUUGUUUUCUAAAAUCAUGAAAGAUGAAACAGAGAUGAGGAGAUUGUCUACUUUGUGAGCUUUAUAGGUUAAGGGUGAUGGAAAUAUGCUUAAAACCCUUACAAAAUCUGGGUAAGAAUAUUAAUCAUGAAAGCAAAAUAUAUGGAAAGAAAUCUGAAAUAUUUUUUAUAUUGGAUUCUUGUCAUUCUGUUUCCUAAAUGCGUUUUUGGCAGCUAAGCUUUGUUGACUCUCAGUAAAGUCCAUGGUGUUUAAUUCCUCCAACUUUAUUAGGUAGUUACUUAGUAACAUCUUGUGCUCUGCGGGAACUCUGUAGGGAAUGAAAGUUGUGGCACCUUUUGCUAUAUUCAGAAAAGUGUAGUGGGUCAGAACAGGGACACACAAGAACACAAGGCCGGGAACGAUGCAGCCAACUCUCCUCCCUAAUGAUUCCUGUUGUGGAGACUCUGGAUGCGUAGGACACUUGUCAGUUACUGAUCUGCUUGCUGUAGUCAUAUGCCUCUCCAGCCAGCAUCUGUGCUUUUUUAUUUAACCUCUGCCAAAUUAAUACCUUUGGAUUAAAAAGGGAAUAUUUUGUCUCUGAGCUAACACAUUCUAAUGCUGCAUUAAAGCUGCCCUAGAGCUGCACUGAAUUUCACUUGCUUUGUCAGACUAUGUUGAUUUUUUUCUUUUCUUACUAUGACUAUGUAUAUUGUUUCCCAUAUGUAAUGUAGCACAGUGUGGAACCUUAAUUUCAUUCAGGUUUCAAGCACUACAGAUGAAUGCAAUAGGUAGGGUAUACCUGCUUUUUCUGAAGAAACUGUACCAUUGGAAAGUCCUAUUCCUUUGUAUUAUAUUGUAUAAUAGGUGCUAUACCAA